GGGACUUGCCUGACUUUUCCACCUCCACCCACCCAGCUAAACACCGCCCCCCGCCCCCCGCCAACUCGCGACGCGGAUGGGACGGCGGAGGACCCAGCGAGCAUGCGCGACCAUCCCGAGCAUGCUCAGUAGCGCUUGCGGUGCCCCGGACCUUCGGCCCAGAGCUGCGGCCGACGCGGAGGUUUCGGCGGCUUCUGCGGCCGUGACGGGAAGUGAGGUGGUGCGGCUGGGCGACCGCGGCGGCACAAACAGAGGCGGAAGGGUCGCUGCGGCGACGACGUCGUCGACCCGGGUGACCGAGGGGGCUGAGCGCCGAGGGCACUCGCCCGCUCGGAAGCCGGAUCCCGAGCCAGGCAGGAUGGAUCAUCACCAGCCGGGGACUGGCCGCUACCAGGUGCUUCACAAUGAAGAGGAUAAUUCAGAAUCAUCUGCUGUAGAGCAGCCGUCAACUUCAAACCCAACACCACAAAAUGUGCAGGCUGCUCCUUCAGCAUCUGGACUUGAGACUGACUCUUCUCCUCCACCUUAUAGCAGUAUUACUGUGGAAGUACCUACAACUUCAGAUACAGAAGUUUACAGUGAGUUUUAUCCUGUGCCACCUCCUUACAGUGUUGCUACCUCUCUUCCUACGUAUGAUGAAGCUGAGAAGGCCAAAGCUGCUGCAAUGGCAGCUGCAGCAGCAGAAACAUCUCAAAGAAUUCAAGAGGAAGAGUGUCCAACAAGAGAUGACUUCAGUGACGCAGACCAGCUCAGAGUGGGUAAUGAUGGGAUUUUCAUGCUGGCGUUUUUCAUGGCAUUUAUUUUCAACUGGCUUGGAUUUUGUUUAUCCUUCUGUAUCACCAAUACCAUAGCUGGAAGGUAUGGUGCCAUCUGUGGAUUUGGCCUUUCAUUGAUCAAAUGGAUCCUUAUUGUCAGGUUUUCUGAUUAUUUUACUGGAUAUUUCAACGGACAGUAUUGGCUUUGGUGGAUAUUUCUUGUACUUGGCCUGCUUCUUUUCUUCAGAGGAUUUGUUAAUUAUCUAAAAGUCAGAAACAUGUCUGAAAGCAUGGCAGCUGCUCAUAGAACAAGAUAUUUCUUCUUAUUAUAGAGCUUGACCACAGGAUGUAUACGAAGUAACCACCAGCACAGCAUUUGAAAGCUUGAAAAACAAAAUAUGACAAAGCACUUACACAGAGAGAAUGGGCAUUUUGCAUAAAACAGUGUGAAAUUCACAUAGAUAUCUGGUGGAUAAAACAAACAAAAAAACAAAUCUGAUUGAGAAGCAACUUGCCAUGCACUGAUCUUAACAAACUGGAUCAAUGAAUAAAAGUUGUGUGAAGAAAAUAGGAGCUUUGUUACUAUUUUCUUAAUGUGUGCCAGUUUGUAUCAACAACCAAGGCUGCAACUUGAAUAAAUGGGAAUAUAAAGAAAUGAGCAGAGGUUGUCUUACUGGUUACCCAGUGAGUUUCUGGAGGCUGUGUCUAUAGUAAAGGCAUUUAUUUAUUGUGCAGCUAGUAGAUCUUCACAUGAAGAGACCUCAUAUCUCUACUCGCUAUACUAUUGAUACUUUUAAAGCAAGUACCAUACACUUCAUUGAUUUGAACUUUUAAAGUAGUUGAACCGCAUAAGCAAAAUGUCUACUAAAACACUUAACUUCUGGAUGUAUCUUUAAGUACAAAAUGCUUCAAGUUGCUAUGACUUAAGUAUAAAUAAAUUGUAUGGUUUGUGAUUUGGUUGCUUAAAUUUUAUGCUUAUAUGAGUUUUACAUAAGCUGACAUGAUUUACUUAUUUCUGCUGAAGAGAACAAUGAUUACAAUUGCAUUUCUGGAUUAUAUUUAAAUAUCACUUUAAAUGUUCCACUAAGGUUUCUUCCUCCCCCUAGAAGAUGUCACAUUUUCUCUUUAACUGGUAAAAUGUCUUUACAAGCAGUGACCUUAAGAGUUUGUCCAUAUUACCUGUAAGAUAAAAGGCAAAGUAAUUUUACUAACUUAAAUGAUAUUCUGUGAAUAUUCAGUGUGAUUACCUUGUUUGCAUUUUCAAGAGUUUAAACUCUAAUGUAAAUAUUUUCUAGAUGGUUAGAAGCCUAAACUUUAGAAUAUAUUUUGAUAUAUGCUACCUUAUGUCAUUCUUACCAAAAGGAUAUUAUAUACUUGAUGUAAUACUGCUUAUAAGAUCAGUUUUCAUUAUGCUGUCGUUUAGAUAAUUGCAACUUAAUACAUUUUAAGGCUAAUUCUUUUUGUCCCUAGACUGCAUCGACCAGACAUUCCUUUCUUGUAUCAAUGUGAAAUUUCCAGAUCGUCUGUAAGCCUGCAACUUUAAUAAGAUAGAAGACUACUAAAAGCAGAAGACAAAUUAGUGAGGAAAAGAUAGAGCUUCAUAACUGAAUGGCAGAGUGGUUUAUGCUUAAAAGCCAUUUCUGUUCAUUCUCUUAAAUAUUUAUAUUUCAUUUGUUUUGCACAGUUGCAUAUGUGCCCAUUUAAAAGAUUUGGGUAUACUUGAAAGAAACCAUAAAGUGGUAGCAGUAAAGUGCAGUCACAUUUGAUUAAUCAGUGUUUGAUAUAAUUGAAAGAGUUGAAUGAUAAACAAUCUUCCAGCGUGUAAAUGCCAUUGACUUCUGACCUGACAUUUAACAUAAUAAAAAUGAAACUAUUAUCCAUGUCAAAUACUUUAGUUUCUGGCUCUUAGAUUUAUCUAGUAACUCUACACUUGAAACAUCCUUUGUUAUACAUAAAGUUUUUUGAAACCUGCAGUGCUGAUUAUUAGGCUUUGUCAGAUUGUUGAACCAAUAUUUACAUCAUUAUUUAGCAAAACUUUCUGUAAAUAACCAUGCAUAAAUUACUUUCUGCAUCUUUUUCUCAGAAAUUGUGUCUAGAUAGAUAUCUCUUCAUUCAUUUUAAAUUAAGUGAACUUAAUAUAUAUAGAAAAUUUGGGUGUUAAAUAUAGUUUUAGGACAAAUUUUAAGAAAAUGUGGGUAUGCCACAUGUCCUUUAUAAGAAAAUCUUUUUUUUUUUUUUUUUUUUUAAAGGGACUUGACAGUUUUAGGGUUUCUCAAAUUAGAAGUUUGGUUUUUAGCAUUGUUCAUCUUAGAGAUUCUUGCAGGAAGAGAUUGUAUUAGAUAGUAUAUUUAUUUCAUUUAAGACAUUUUUGAAAAUUAAUUUUCUGAAUAAGAUACUCUCAUUUGCAUUUUGUCUUUUAAAAAGCCAAUAAAAAGUAUCUUUAAAUAUCAUUGUAAUAUUUUUUCCUUUAGAUGUUUAGUUUAAUUUAGCAAAUAAAAACUUGUGCUUUUAAUAGCUUCUUGCUUUCUGAUUGUAGGAUUAACUUGUAAAAAUCAUUUCCUGAAUUGAGAUAUGUGAAAUAUCUGUUUUCAAGUUAUGGAAAUGUGUCUGUGGAAUAUAGGGUGUGAGUGUUGCGAGAGUGUGUGUGAAUAUUAUUACAACUGGAAUCUAUUUCACAUUCAUAAGCUACUACAUUUUACAAAUCAUUUUAUGUCUCAUCUGUUUUCUCUUCAGUUAUAUCUUUGCUUUUGAAAUGCAACAUUAAAAAUGAUGGGAAUUAUCUUUUAAACUUAAAAAUCAGUUGAUACAGCUAUAUAGAACAUAUAAAAUAUAUUGCUUGUUUAUUAUUAGACACUGACUACUAAAAGAUACAUCUAAAACUAUUCAGGGUCAUUUUUCCAUUUCUGAAAAAAUAAAAUUUAUUAUGCUUUAUAACUUUUUUUGUAUUUCUCUGUAUUUUCUGAUUUAUUUCAUUGUCUUUGAUAAAUAAAACAUGUUUUGUUUUGCUAAUUGAGCCUCCUAUUUUCUUGUUUUCCCUCAUUUAUUCUCCUCCCCUGCUAGAAUUUUUAUUGUUUGUUAAAGUACCUGUGUUACACCCAUUGAAGUAAAACAAUAGCCUGGGGUAAAGAAACAAAAUGUUUGAUUUAGUUGCCUGAUUUGGAAAUUAAUUAAAGUUAAAAUUUACUUAGAAGAAAUGUGAACUCGUGCUAGGUCUCUUUAUUGCACAUUAAUUUUCCUGUAGACCUGUACUUUGUUCUUUGUAAUAGUUUUUAAUGAAAUUAAGCUAUGAUACAUAGUAAGUUAAAAUAUCUAGAUCAUCUAUCAUACAUCAAUUUAUUAAAAUUUUAUUUUUGUUUCUGUGGCGUUAAUACUUAGUUUCUGCAUGUGGAUGUUGACCCAAUGUCAAAACUUCACUUUUUGUUUUGAUUUUUUUUCCCCCCAAAUCUGUAAGAUUCAAGUGUGAUGUUACCUGAUCCUCUUUAAUUGGUACAAUUCAUUGGUAGUCUUAAAUCUCAUCAUCCAAUCAGGAGAAUCAGAAUAUUAUUUUAAAAAACAACAUUCUCUUCUGGAUUUAUCAGAUCCUACAUACUUCCCUUCAUUUCCUGUGAGCUUGGACAGAAUAGCUGCUGUUGUGUUUUGGAGAUACUUAAUUGCCUUUGCACCCUGCCUUAAAGAUUGAAAAUCAAAAUCCUUGUUAGGGUAUCUAUAAACAAUUUUUGAAUGAGUGUGAACUGGAGCUCGGAAGUUAAUACAAAAAAUAUAUUACAUUAUUUCUAUUAUAUUUGAAUAAGCUAGUUAUGGCCAGAAAAAUCCAUUUUUAUGUUUUUAUGAAGUAAACUGCAUUUAAGGUAAAAAUACAUUUUCUAUAUAGUGUGUUCAGGAUACAUCUUAGAAAUUAAAAGACAAAUUCUAUUAUAGUUGGUUAAAAUGAAAAUCUCUUUUUAAUAGAAAAAAAUACUAAUCUCUAGCCUUUUGAGUCUAUAAGCUAUAUCCCAUGCCUUUGAAGUUCAUAAAUUUUAACCUGUUAAGAUAAUAAUCACUAAUAUUUCCAGCAAAACCUCUGAUGACAGGAAAAGUGGAGUUCAGAAAGUCCAGUUGGAGAAAAAUUCAGGGUUUCUUAAUUUAAUAUAAUUAUUUUCAACUGGUCUAUACUGUCCCCAAAAGCACAAAGGUAAUGAUAGUGCAUCUGAUACUGUAUUUAACUAGAGUGACAUAUAUAUCCUGAGUUUGCUCAUAACAGAUCUGGUUAUUCCUAUUUCCUCACCUUAUGUAGUGCCUCCUCUCUCAUAAGUGUCCUAAUUUGGAGGAGAAAUUAUAUGAUCACCCUGUAUAUAACUCUACACUGUGCUGAGAAGUGACUGCCUAAACCCACUGCCCUUUGAGAGAAGUAACUGCAGUAUUAGGGCAGGAGUCACCUAAUCAGCCCUGCCUAGACACCCGUUUUUUUGGCCUGUAGAACACACAUGGUACUAUUUUUUUUUUCCUUUUUUUUUUUUUUUUUUAAAUAGAAGUUGUAUUGGAAUGAUUCCGCUUAUGGUCAAUAGUAAACAGUGAGCUUUUUGUAUGUUUAAACUGCUGUUAAUUGUUAUUUUAAUUGUUUGCUAUUUAAUUCUUCAAAUAGUCAUGAAAUAUUAGUGUAUUAUAUUCUAAAACCUCAUUCUUGAUAAAGUUCAACUGUUAGAGGAUAAUGUGCCAUUUAGUAUUGAAUGUCCUUGCCCAUAUAUAAAACAUGUUUUAUAUGUGUUAAUAAAGUUCAGUAAAUGUGGAAAUGUGAACCUGUCAUGCAUGUUUUUCAAAAUCAGUUUGAUUCACAAUAUAUUAUCACCACCUUGGCCUCACAAAAUGUUUAUAUGAUCAAACUUAUGUUACAUGAAAACAACUGGCAUGGAAUUAGGUUGGAGUGUGGGAAUAUCAUUUAACUUGUCACAGUAAUUUGUAUGUUGGGAGAUAGAUUGCAGUUUAAUUUUAAUAAAUGCAAAAGCAUCAGCUUUA